AUGUUCUGUAAUGCACGAGCUCUUAGUGGAGCUUUUUCAACGAUUGUGAAUUUUAGUGUCAGUGAUUUUCUUCAUCGCUCUCAAAAAUUGUCUAUUUUAAACCAGAUCAAGCAUGAGCGUAAUAAUAACCAUAAUCAAAUAAAGUUACGAUUUCCGAUACAUCAUAAACAUAAACAAGAUGAUGAUUUGAUUUUGGAGCAAAAAUUAAACGAAGUAUUUGAUCUAGAAAUCGAAAAAGUUAUUACUAAUGCCUAUGAUAUGGCCAUUGCACUCGUUAAGCCAUUAAACAUUAUUCCAGUACUAAAAAAGCACAAUAUUCUUGAAAUGGACAUGCUAAGUCAAUACGUAUAUAGCAAUUUAAAAGAUAAAUCAAGAUUGUUUGAUGAUACAACACUAACACCAAAUGACUUUAACAACAUUCAUGAUUUUAAUUGGGAAAUGGACGAGAGUGAUGGUGACGAUUAUGAUUAUUCUGUAGAUGAUGAUGAAGAUGACGAUGAUAGCAGUGAUGUUGCUGAUCCGAUGCUUCAUGAAUUGAUAGAUAUUGAUGAUGAUGAACCAAAUAUGACAUCCACUAGAACAGAUUUUCAAGGUAUAAACAUCCGAGACAAUAUUGACUCGGAAGAUCUCAAGUCUUAUUUCAAAAUUAAAAUUAAUAAUAAAACAAAAUAUCUACAUAAACAAUCGGCAUGCUGGUUGUUAACAGACGAAAAUGCAUAUAUAUUUACUGAUCGUUUAUUUCGUGUUAUACAAACAAGUGACAAUAAUAUGUGA